AUGUUGGAAGAAACGGUAGCAUCCGCUGUACAUUCUUCGAUCUGGGCAUCCAUGACCAGCUGGUGCACACCCACUCUCCUUUUCCUCUUCCUGAACAUCAUGAUUGGCACCAUUGCCAUCACCUCCAGCUUAGCUUCCCAGAAGGCCGUCAAUCAUCAAGACGACCACCACCACCACCAGCAGCAACAUCAGCAACAAGAUAAACAGCACCACCACCAGCAGAUUUGGAGGUCACCAUCCAUGCUGCAGAGGCUCAAGUCCAUCAACUUCUACAGCCACAGAUCUCAGGAACCCCAAGUCCAUACUACUGUAGCAGCAGCUUAUGAGAAGCCUCCAUCGGAGGGAGUAUUCGAGACUGCUACGCAUUAUUUUGGAAGCUAUGACCAAACCCACCAGGAAAGCCAGCAGGCGGCGGUGCCGGCUCUCUCCAGAUCUCCUUCCGUGCUGCAGAGGCUGAAAUCGUUCAAUCCCUACAAUUACAUCCAGUCCCCCCAAAUCCCAACCACGCCGCAGCGGGAGGAGCCAGAAGCUGAGAUUGUUGAUUACACGACCCGGGAGCAGCAGAUCGAGGCGGAGGAAGCGGCAGAGACGCUGGACGAGAUAUACAGCAAGCUGCGAACCGGCAACAAACUGGUGGGGAGAUCGAAAUCGGACACGAAGCCCGUAGCCGGGGAAGUGCCCAAGAAGCUGGCGAAGAAGAUGAGGAAAUCGGCUAGCACGAGGUCGGCGUUCGCCCAUUUCGAGGAAGUGGAAGUGGUGGAAGCGCGGAGGCCGGCGACGGUGAAGGAAGGGAAGAGCAAGAAGUUGGUCGCCGAUGAGGAUGGAGGGGAGGACAGCGGGGUGGAUGCCAAGGCGGACGACUUCAUCAACAAGUUCAAGCAGCAGCUGAAGCUGCAGAGGGUCGACUCCAUAAUCAGGUACAAGGAGAUGGUGGGCAGAGGGAGUGGUACUGGGAAGUGA